AUGCACACUGGGAGUCAGGUUCUGUCGCUCGCUGCAGCAGCAUGGAUGCUACUCCAUGGUGCGGCAGCAGCUCCCAAACCCGGCCUGUUCCUACUACCAGCCCCAGAGGCCUUAAGAUCGGCAGGUCUAGCCAGUGCAGCUUUCUCUUCAUCCCUAGCUGCGCUUGCGACACCUGGAGUUGCCCCUGCAUCUCAUACAGUUACUGCACCGUCUGGAGGAACUGCUACUGAAUCACCCCCAAGCACAGCGCCAACUGGAGGAGCUGCUACUCAAUCACGUCCAGCUACUGCUCCGUCCGGAGGAGUGGCAACUGAGACUAAUCUGGCCUCCACACCAUCUGGAGGAGUUGCAACUCAAUCACGUCCACCUACUGCUCCGUCUGGAGGAGUGGCCACUGAGACUAAUUUGGCCACUACACUAUCUGGAGGAGUUGUUGUAACUCAAUCACGUCCAGCUACUGCUUCAUCUGGAACAGUGGCUACUGAAUCAACCCCAGUUAUUUCCCCGUCCGGAGGAGUUGCUUCAACUCUCCGUCCGGUGGUUCCCUCAUUUGGUGGAGGUGUGUCUGCCUCUCAGGGACCGAGACCCUCUUCUGCUGGGGGUGGCGUGCCUGGCAGUUCAUCGACCCCCGUCAUAGUCUCCACGCCUCCAUCCCAGUUUUCAUUUCCGCCUACGGUCGUGACGCACUCAAGCCUCACAGAGACAAGCUCUAUCAUGGUUCCUUUGGCACCUUCCCGUCCACCAGAAGCCUGUCCACCAUGUCCUACUGCGGCAGCGGCUAGCUGUCCACCUUGUUCCGCUCCUACCGCACCAACCUGUGCACCCUGUCCUGCUCCUGGGACGACUACUGCUACUGUCACCGUCACCGUUACUGAGACAGUUUGCCCUGGUCUUCAGACUUCUCGAGGAGCAGGUGGCUCAGCCGCAUCUCCAGGUGUUCCCCCCACUUCACCUCAAUUCACUGCACCUGGGCCUGGCGCCCUAACUCCGACUGCCACAGGCACGGGCGCUCCAGAAGGUCCAAAGACGACAGAAACACCUAUUUCGAGUGCUCCCCAGGCCUCUAGCGGAGGCGCAACCGCGAGACCUUCAACUCAGGCAGUGACUUCUGCUACUGGGGUUCCAGGAAGUGACUUCGGCUACUGGGGUUCCAGGUGUUCCCCAAAGUCCUGGAGGCGGAGGCGUAACCGCGAGACCUUCAACUCCGGCAGUGACUUCGGCUACUGA